UCGUAUGUAUAAUUGAAGGCAAUAGCGAUUAGAUUACAUACCGACGCGAUGCAAGCCACUAUCGAGUGAAUAAUCGCGAUGAAAAACGCUUCGACGGAAACCAGUUCCUGUUGAUAAGUAAAAUAUUCGAUUAUCCAAAAAACUACCGAGUUUAAAACGAGAUUAAAAUUAUCAGUCGCCAGUCUCGAAAAAAUUUUUGUUGCAUUAAGUGCGUUGAACGAGAGACUUAAAUGUAAUUUUGAAGCCAAAUCCUGUGUGCUGUGAUCACUUCCUUAUUGUUUCUCCUAAUCUGUAUGCAUUAGUCAAAUUUUAAGAAGUGUUACCGAUGUAGUUAUUUGAAAAGUUGAAAAUGCGCGAGUGUUGAAGUGAAAUCAUGCAACUUAAACGUCACUAGCUAGAAGACUAUGAGUAUUUUUUCAAUAUGCGUUAAAUCGAGAUGUCAAUUCAAGAACAAGAACAGUCAUGCACAGACUUCCACUUACCUUCGAAGAUCGUCGAAUGUUAUUUAAUCAACGUCAAGGGCUACUUAGAUAUACCAAUAUGCAUAAUUGGUUCGAUUCUCAAUCUCCUCAAUAUAAUCGUAUUUACACGGAAAAAUAUGAUUUCACCUGUGAACAAGAUAUUCACUCAUUUAGCCUGGGUAGAUUUACUGAUGUUAUUACUUUUUAUUCCAUAUACGUGGUUGGACUGUUUUGAAGAAUACACUGAUGGCGGAUGGACUUAUCAACAGGCUUUCUGGUCCUUAUGUUCGGAUACUGUUACGGUUACUCUUUACUACAUGUCAGUAUUCCUUACAGUGAUGUUGUCCGUAUGGAGACACAUAGCUAUAGUGCACCCACUGAAGGAACGGCAAUGGUGCAGCAUGAAAAUGACCAGAAAUGUGGUCAUAGCCGGUUACUUGACGUCUUUUUUGCUUAGCAUACCAAUGUAUUUUUCGGUUGGUGUCAAACAUGUUGGUGAUAAUCAGACGCAAAUUUACUUACCACACGCCGGAGAAGACUCUAACCUGUUUGUUAUUUCAUUAAUAAUCAAUUCGGUGUUGUAUCAGUUACUGCCAGCGGUAGCGCUACCAAUAUUUAGUUACAAACUAAUUCUUGUUUUGCGCACAAAAAAAGAACACCAGCAAUACCACAGUCCGUCUGCAGCCAUCAACAAUAUGAGGAACACAAGAACCCCCGAAAUGAAAAACAAAAGUGAUCGAUCAAUAGUCCUAUUGUUAACAGUGGUGGCAUUACAUGUAAUUUCCAAACUUCCAUCAGGAAUAGUCGAGUUACUUUAUCUCACUUACGGCAGGGCCAAUAAAAUCAGUUUGGAAUGUUACUCCAACGUGAGUGCAGCAUUCGAUACAUUGGCAUGCUUCACUUUAUCUAUCACAUUUAUGAUAUAUUACACUAUGGGUAAUAAUUUUAGAAUUACGUUCAACUCUUUGUUCAUUAGAAAAAAAUGCGAGGAAAUUUAUACAGACCCAGAAAGUGGGUAAGUUUAGCAAAGACUUGGAAAAACUUAUCAAUUAAGUAGGCUACAUACUAAAUUUUUUUUGGGGGGGGGGGGGCGGGGGUGUUUUUAAUUACAAGAUUAUUACACCCGUAAUAUGUUUCUUAUUUUUUUUGCUAUACCUACUUACAAAGUUUUGUUGAAAUUUUGUCAUUUUGUUGUCAUAUUUUUGUUAUUUGUUAAAUUUUUUUGUUAAUUUAAAUUUAUGUUGUUGGAUUGUAGAAGUUGAAGUCCAAGACGCCGGACGUGUCAUUAAACAAACUUUUGAUGGUGGUGAUGAAAAAAAAAUAGAUCAAAUUGCCUUCUCGAGUCUCUCUCAUAUGUAUAACUCCAAAUAAAUUUCACCAAAAAGAAAAAAAAAACGAGUUUUAGAUAUUUAAAGACA